AUGAAUCAUUUAAUAAAAGGAUAUAUGGAUGCAAUAACAUCGUUAUCAGCAUUUAUUCAAGCAUUUGAAACAGCAUUAGAUUCUCGUAAAAAAUGUAUUGAGCUUGAAAUUUAUCGACAAGAUAACAAUAAUAUUACUUUUCAAACUACUAGUCCUUAUGAAAAACAAGCAGCACAUUUUUUAACUCGAUAUGCUUUACCAAACUCACAUCUUACAGAAAAAUUUGUAAAUUCGAUUGGAACAAUUUUAGAGUUAGAAAUCAAGACUAUAGAGUUAAAUCAGCAACCUUCAGAUAAUAAUAGAAUUAAUAAUCCAUUAAUUGCAAAAACUAAAGAACAAAUUACUAUUAAUAAAGAAAACAAACAAGAAAAUUCAUUAAAAACUUUAUGUUUAGGAUAUAACGUAUCACUUAUAAAUCAGUUAAAAAAACAAAAAG